CAUCAUCAUUAGUCGUACUUGACCUGCUUGCGCCUCUUCCAAGGUCGUAUUCUGUCAGUGCUGAGGAUGACUACCUUAGAUAACAUUGACAUCUGCCAUGACAGGUCUUCGGCUAUCUGCCUUGGUCAGUGUACACGCCAAUCUCCUCGUGGGGAAGAUGUUACGAACGUUGGCCAUGGAAAACAACAACGUAAUGGUCUCAUCUCCAUCUCCUUUUGCUAAAUGCAAUAUUGGUAAUCCCGCAUCUAUACUCUCUCUCUCUCUCUCUCUCUCUCUCUCUCUCUCUCUCUCUCUCUCCCCUAUACAAGAAAUACUCAAAAAGCGUCUAUUCGUUACCAAUGCCAGUCAGCAACAAAGCAUCGAGCACCCAAUUAUACAAACGCCAAAAGUCUUUACCGGUUGUAGCAAGGAUGGUGCCCCACGAUAAUAAAAUCUAGACUAUUCACCGAUAUCCGUUACUCAGAAUGAUCAAAACCUGACCAGCGUGAGACAAUUAUUCAAAGCCUCUGUUUUCUGCAGUCGGGCAGAGUCUCCUUUGCUAG